AUGGAACGGGACGAAGAAGCCCCCACAUCUUCUUUCACUGAGGUCUCAGACAGUCCCUCCCCAGGGGCCGUCGGGGUUCAGGCUGAGCAGAACCGAUCCGCCCUGACCCCGAAGCCUCAUAGAGGAUACGAGAAUGUCUGUCAGCCAUGGUGCCUGCUCAUCACAAUGAUCCUGCUCCUGCUUUCUCUCCUUGGCAGCUGGGCCAUGGCUCACCUCACCCUGGGCACCCACGGGGGCUCACCUUUCCGGAUCUCAGCAAGCUAUGACCAGGGAACGUUUGAUGACACGGCCAUGAUUGAGCCCAACUUCACCACCAACUGCACCAUGGCUUCCUCAGCGGGCCCUGUCAUCACUCUUGAGGGCCAGUACCACUGUCACGAGGGACCUGCGAUCACACUGGACAAAUUAUGUGACUUCAGAACAGACUGUCCGCUUGGGGAUGACGAGGGCGAGCAAUGUCGUCGCUUCCUCAAUGGCAGCUACUGCUCUUUUGAAGAAGACGAGUGCAGUUGGCAGUCCAUGAUGGGUGUCCCCUUGAGAAGACUCCAGUAUUCAGCCAAGGCCACUAGAAAGAACUGCCCAUCCUCAGGUGCAACACUCAGUUUGGAGGGGAACCAGUUCAAAGGCCGGCAUCGCUCAGCACUACUAAGAAGUCCUCUCUUUCCACCUCCUCUAAGAAACUCUCCAUGCACGGUGCGUUUCUGGAUUUGUUCUGGAGAUAUACAGAAGGGGUCGCUGUCUCUGUGGAUAGCAGAGAACAGCACGGGCCUCAAGGACCAGCGCCAAUUGUGGCACUCAGCCAGCGAACCAACAUCUGAAAGAGGCUGGAAAUUCAUCACAGUUCCACUUUAUGGACUGGCUGACUGGUUCUGGCUUCUUUUUGGAUCAGAAGAUGGAAGUGGACCUGGGCCUGGGUCCAUUAUCUCACUCGACAACAUCUCUUUCAGCAUGAACUGCUUCCUGGCUUCAAAUGGAGAAUUUCCACCUGUGGCCGGUAGCACAACCAGGUUGCCCAUUGGCCCGCCAAUCACUCCCACAACUCCAUCCAUCGGGAUUCCUCUGAUGAACUACCCUACUAGAGAUUACUCCAAAAAAUGGAUUUUUAACACCUGUGGUGCUGGUGGCCCAGAAGGUCCAACUCCCUCCCAGUGCUUCAAUUCUUAUAGGAGCAGCAAAAUCAAUGUGACGGUGGGCACCCGGGGUCCCUUCAAAGGCAUUCAGAUGUGGCAGGUCCCUGAAACGGGCACAUACAGGAUCACAGCCUCUGGGGCAGCAGGCGGCCGAAGCGUUAUGGCUAUGAGUAGAUCGCAUGGCAUCUACAUCGCUGGUGACUUUCUGCUGAGGAAAGGAGAGCUGCUUUACAUCCUGGUUGGUCAAAAAGGAGAGGAUGCAUGUCCCAAUUCCAACGCCAUGCUGAAUAAGAUCUGCUUGGAACAGACUGCCCCGUUGCUGAAUAAGACUCAAGUGAAGGGUGGAGGAGGAGGAGGCGGUGGGGCCACCUAUGUGUUCAAGGUGCGCAGUGGGUUUCACAUCCCUCUCAUCAUCGCUGGUGGGGGAGGGGGCCGAGGCUACAGCAGCCAAUCAGAGAGCCAGCUAGAACAGAUGGACUAUGACCUCAGCCAACCGGGUCGCAAUGGGAAGUCAAAUGCUGCUGGUGGGGGUGGAGGAUGGAAUGCCAGUGCUCCUGUCAGUCAGGGCGGCAGACCUCUGCUGUUGGGGGGACAGGGAGGACAGGCCUGUCAAAAGUUCUGGCAGACACGAGGUGGCUUUGGGGGUGGUGGAGGUGGCUGUAUUGCCGGAGGCGGUGGUGGAGGCUACAGAGGUGGUAACACCUCAUUAAAUGACAAUCCUAAACACGACGGUGAUGAUGGCACAUCCCUCUUUGGUCCAACUGGAGAUCCCUACCUCUUCCCUCUGAAAGCAAUGGAGAGCGAUGGAGAAGUGAUCAUCAGUCCAGUUUGGAACUGCAGUUACUGCGAGAGCGGCGAAUGUCACGAGAUAAGCGGCAAAAUUGUCUGCUACUGUGACGAUGACCUCAUCUUGGCACCCGACGGCACGUCCUGCAUCAACUCUACAGAGGUGUCCCUGCUGCCUCCCCAGCCAUCUCUCUCCCACCUGGCGCUUGGUCUGUCCGUUGGGACUUCGGCCCUCAUCGCUGCACUACUGCUGGCCGUGUCUGGCGUCAUGAUAAUGUACAGACGUAAACACACAGAGCUGCAAUCAAUUCAGCUGGAGCUACAGAGUCCAGACUGCAAGAUCAGUAAACUGCAGGCAUCGACCAUCAUGACCGACUAUAAUCCAAACUACUGCUUUGCUGGCAAGACGGCGUCAGUCAACGACCUGAAGGAAGUGCCGCGACGCAACAUCUCCCUCGCCAGGGCUCUUGGUCAUGGUGCGUUUGGUGAAGUGUAUGAGGGGUUGGCAGUGGGAAUACCUGGCGAACCGAGUCCACUUCAUGUGGCAGUUAAGACUCUCCCUGAGGUUUGCUCAGAACAAGAUGAACUGGACUUCCUUAUGGAGGCUCUAAUCAUCAGUAAGUUCAGCCACCAGAACAUUGUGCGCUGUGUAGGGGUCAGUCUGCAGGCAAUGCCUAGGUUCAUACUGCUGGAGCUGAUGACUGGUGGAGACCUCAAGACCUUCCUCAGGGAGAUGAGACCUCGAGUGGAGCAACCGUCCAGCCUGACCAUGGUUGACCUUCUCAACGUAGCGCGAGACAUUGCCAAAGGCUGCCAGUAUCUGGAGGAGAACCAAUUCAUCCAUAGGGACAUUGCGGCUCGUAAUUGCCUGCUGACGUGCAAAGGACCAGGUCGCGUGGCCAAGAUUGGAGAUUUUGGAAUGGCUCGGGAUAUUUACCGAGCAAGUUAUUACAGGAAAGGUGGUCGUGCCAUGCUCCCAGUCAAGUGGAUGCCACCUGAAGCCUUCAUGGAGGGCAUCUUCACAUCAAAAACUGAUACUUGGUCAUUUGGGGUUCUUCUGUGGGAGAUCUUCUCACUGGGGUACAUGCCUUAUCCGAGUCGCAGUAACCAAGAAGUGUUGGACUUUGUAACCAACGGUGGGAGAAUGGACCCACCCAAAAACUGCCCUGGGCCUGUGUACCGUAUAAUGACUCAAAGUUGGCAGCACCAACCUGAGGACAGGCCUAACUUCUCAACUGUCCUGGAGAGAAUUGACUACUGCGUGCAGGACCCGGAUGUGGUGACCGUGCCCUUGCCUAUUGAAUAUGGGCCAGUCCAGGAGGAAGAGGAGUAUGGACCCAGGCGCACUGAUGAUCCCUCGGGCACCGCUGUGCUGGUGAAUGCUCAAAAGACUGAUGGGGAACUUCCACAGCCGCAUCCGCGCUACCGCUCAGAGGAGAGCCAUAGAGGAGCCGAACACGCAUCCGCGACGAGCAUGGCGUCCGAGGCCAAAGCACCGACGCCGUCUCAGACCCAAGCGUACCUCCAUCAGUAUCAGCAACCUCACCCACAGACCUCCGUGACGACGGCUACCACGGUCACCUCCACAGCAACCUCCGCACUCACUGCCAAGGGGUCCACCCAGCCAGGCCCCGAGGGGGGCCACAUCAACCUGGCCUUCAACCAGGGUCACCCAGGAGAGAAGGAGAGCCACAGUGGGAAGAGCAGCAGUCUUUGGAACCCUACGUACGGCUCGUGGUUCCUGCAGCAGCUACAGAGGAAGCAGCAGCAGCGGCAAGGGGGCGUGGGUGGGGUUUUGGGUGUGGGCGGCACCAGUGCCAGGGUGCCCGGCGAAGGACAGGAGCACGUGGGACGGACUGUGGCUGAAGUGGCUGGUUCAAUGGGUCUCCAGCAUAAGUUUCAACAUCAGCACCAAUUUCAGAUGCUGCACCAUCAGCAGCAGCAGCCGCCGCAGGGUCUUUGCAGACCCCUGUUAGCACCUCCACCACCAGCCAACCAGUCCCAGCUCCUUUUAGAUUCAGGUCCCCUGUACAGACUGAGACGUUUCCCCUGCGGGAGUAUCGGUUACGGCUACCAGGAGCAAGGCGUGUCGCUGGAGGCGAGUCCUCCUCCGCUCCUUCCCUCCCAACAGAGUGCGUCAGCAGCCCACCAGAGGACCCCUACAUCGGUCUCCCUGGGUCGGCCCGGAUUAUCGGAGGACAGCCGACCGCUCUUAGUCACCAUGGGGACGGUGCAGGACCCCCGGCUGCCCAGAAUGGAGGGUCACAACGCCACUGUGCUUUAGCCGACAUGCCUGUACAGUUUCAUUCACUCCCCGACUUUGGCAAUUGCGUUUCGGACUACACAACAGCAAAAGUUGUGUCAGCAAGUCUUACCGUCCUUUGGUUUCUCCCUCCGGUUUGGAAAUAACUUUUUAAGCAUAAGCAAGAGCUCAGUCCAUUAAGCUUUUAUUAUGAGAAACCCAGUGGGUGUGGAAUCCCCAAUUGAACUUGAAAGCACAUCAGAAAACACUGGAGGGCAAAUUGAAUUCAAAAGCUAGUUUUGGAGUCCAGAAAAUGUAUUUUUUCAUCGCAAAAUAGGCAUGACUGAGACCUCACAGAAUGGGAUUUAUAGCAAAUAUUAAAUGUAAAGUUUUUCUGCAUCACGAACUGGUGGCCACCGGAAUGGACGAUUACGCUGAUUUAAACCUCUCCAGUACGCCGACUGCAGACUUUGAUUCACAAACUCUGGUGACAGAGGAGACCAAUUUCAAAGUUGCUGCUGCCGGCCACAUGUUUCAUUUCUAUUGCAGGACCCUAAAAUUGCCCCCAUUCUUCACACAGGAAAAAAAAAAAAAGCUUGGCAGUCGACUUCUAAUUUUUGAGAAUCAUGUUGGAUUUACCAAGAUAUUUGUACUAAAGAGAAAAAAAAAUGUGUUUGUUGUUUUGCUUGCUUGCUUAUUUAUUCAUUUGUUUCUUAUUUGGAUGUGGCUCUUUUAAAUUCGCAAUGAACAGGCUCAUAGUACAAGCAAAAUCCCCGUUGCACAAGUUGAGUCUCACGUCUAUGUUUGAAACUGUUUGAAAUCAUUAACAACAAAAAGCAAGUUAAGAAAAAGCGAGAGAAAACAGAAUCCCCCGACAACUAUAAACUUGACAAAGUUGAACAAACAAAACUCACAGAGGAAUGUUUGGUAUACUUCACGGUGCCCCAUAAACCAAGAUGAUGCAGGUGAUUCACCGUUUCUUAAUCUUGUUUCUGAACAUGAAAUAAGUCACCCCUGCUGCUGUAAAAGCCCAUCGCAAACUCACACGCUGUGCUCAUGACUUCAUUGUGUUGAAGACCGAGGUCUUCUUUCUUUUGUGGCUUUUUACAAAAAAAAAAGAAAAAACCUAUUUAUGUUUUUGUGUGUCAUUAUGGGAACAAAGUGGAUAUUGCUGACUCAAUGCUCACCUUCAAAUGUGCAAUCUCAAAAGAACUCCGACAUUUACAUAUUUUAACUUUUUUUUUGGGGGGUUGCUAUUACUGAACGAAUGUUGUGGAAUACAAAUGAGUAUGAAUCUAGGUUUGCUCCUUCUAUUAAAACGCUGGUUAACAUUUUGAGUUUCCUGUUCCAUUUCAAGUCUGACAGAAAGAGCCAUGAGCUGUUGAUUUCAGUGACAAAUGUUUGUCGCUUCUUCCAUACGUCGUUUGAUUGUAUUUGGCAAGCGUGUCCGUCCAUCUGUUGUCUAGCAACGAGCCGCUGUCGCAUGUCAAGGAGCAAUUAAUACAUAUGUUGACUAUGCCUUCUCUCCACGGUGUGAUCUCUUGUCGCCCAUCUGUCAUUCUUUAAUGUACAAAGAUCUAAUGAACCACAUCUGUAAAUGAUGUAAUUAAAGAAUAUUGUACUAUG